GUUUAUUUGUGGAAAUGCAAGAUUUCUAUGAAAAUAGUUUUUGUAUGGAAAUUUUUGUAAUACUUUUUAUCAACAAAAUAAGACCAUGUGUUUCUGUCAGGGGUGUGAUGCCAAGCAUGAGUGGUAGUGCGUGCGCACCACCAACGUUUGGUGAAAACUAUUUUUAUCAUGAAAAAGGAAUCUUAGAAGAGACAUAUUUUCAAGUUAUAUAAUAUUAAAAAAAAUAGGUGCACUACCACCACUGCUUACCAUGCUACACCCCUGAUUUCCACUAAGCUGAUAACAUGCUGUCAUGAACAAUUGUGUGUAAAUGGUAAAAGACACAGACCUCUUGACCACAUUGUGAUAGAAGUUAAUAUGCACUCAGUUUGCUUUUUGAAUCCAAUGCACAAAAAUUAAAAAAAAAAAAGAAAAAAAAAGAAAAAAAAGAAAGUAUUAAAUUUAUGUCAGUUUUAGUUGGUUUGGUUUUGCUGUGUGAUUUGAGCAACAUAUGUGCAGUACUUUGUGUCAGUACUGGUACUUAGCUUCAGCUUAGUGCCCUAUCCUGAUGAUUCUUGCCAGUAAAUUUGUGGCAAGAGAGUUUGCUGGUAUUUCUGACAGAAGCCAUUACAGCACAUUGUGAUGAUAUUUGCAGGAUUUGGCUCUUAGCUGCUUCAAAGCUAACUUAUAUGUCCUGACUGUGGUGAGUUCCUGGACAUAACAUUUUGAAAUAUUGCCCUACAGAUGCUGAAUCUUGCAGCUCUGUCUACUGUAAAUUUAUUUGUAUCUCAACAAGAAAUGUAUAGUAUGGACUAUGUAGGAAUGUUAUGUGAACGGAAAAAGAUUAUGAAGUUGGUCUUUACAUGGAAAAAAUUAAUUUGACUAAUUAGGAAAACCCCUCCAAAACUAUUAAAAUAAUCAUAGAUAGUAAGUAAUUGGUGAGUAAAGACAUUGGUUGUUUAUUCGGGCUUAAUUUAAUCUUAUCAUCAUCUUUAUGUCACAGAAAUAUAUCAUUUAAACUGUAAAAAUUAUAUCAUGAAAUUUGGGGGUAAAUGGGAGGUUUGUGUCUACUACCCAGUUAUCAUAAAUCUUCAUAGAGAUUGAGCUGGCCAUUUCCAUUGUGAGCAGGGACUGAGAAAGCAAAUUCUCCUAUAUUUGUGAGUUUCAUCCCCAUUUAUGUGAUAACAAAGAACAGGUUAUCUUUGUCUGAAGUAUAAAGAAAAUAAAAACACUAAACAAUUUUUCUGGAAAUGAGUAUACUUACAUAAUUUAUAUUUAAGUUAAUUCUUUAAAACACAAAGGGGAAAAGAGUAACUGUCUUAUAACACGAUGAAAACUCCUAAUUAUGAUGGCUUGGAAUGGAAAAAAAUGGGCAUUGCAUUUGAUUGAUGAUUUACAAUAAAAUUUGCAAAAUCAUGUAAUAAAAUGCUGUAUUAUAUUCAAACACACCCUUCUUUUCUCCACUGAGGAUGUUGAAACAAGCAGGAUUUCAUUCUCACCUUGAUGCACAAGAUUAAUUCUCAUUAAGCUUUAUAUGAGUCAAAGUAAGAGUGA